CAGCAUUUUCUGACUGUGCUGCUGUAGGUAUUGUAGGUCACAGGGCAGGACAGAGCGUCAUAGCAGGUUUAAAUAUGACACAGAGCCAGCCCUGUCCGGACUCAGUCGAGCUUUGUGGAAGAGACAAGUGAACCCAGCUAGCUUGUGUUUAUGGUGUUGUUUUGUUUUUGCUCUUUUUGCACGUAUGAGGCAAAGAUACAGGCAAUGUCACCAAGAGGUGGUGGCAGUGGUGGGGAGGCCUCUUUGCUGAGCCAGGACCCUGUUCUCCCUCCUCUUCCCACCCCCUUCUUUGACCUGCUGACAGCUGCAGAUGGGAAAGAUAGGAGCCUGGAGCUCUGAGCAGGACAGAUGCGAGAACUGUGUGGAGAUGCUGUUUGUGCGUGGCUCAGGUAACUGCGUGCAAUGCGACACGCCCCUGAGGAAGAGCAACUUCCGCGUGCAGCUCUUCGAAGACCCGACCGUAGAUAAGGAGGUGGAGAUUCGCAAGAAGGUGCUGAAGAUAUACAACAAGAGAGAUUUUGACUUUCCCAGCCUGAGAGAGUAUAACGACUACCUUGAGCAAGUUGAGGACAUGGUGUAUAACCUGACAAACAACAUUGAUGUGGAGAACACCAAGCUUCGGAUGGAGCAGUACCAGAGGGAGAACAGAGAUCUCAUUCAGAGGAAUAAGGUUAAACUGACACGAGAGCAGGAGGAGCUGGAGGAGCUGCUGUUGCUGGAGCAGCAGGGCAAUGAGCAGCGCAGACUGGAGCUGCUGCAGGAGGAGAAGAGGCAGCUCCAGGUCAAGAGGAAGAACAAGCAGGCUCUGCUGGAUGAACUGGAGCAGUCUAAACUUCCUGCCACCCUCUUGCUUGCCCAACACAAGGUCCGCGCUGCCCAGCUGGAGACCCAGAUAGAGCAGCAGAAACAGGCGGUGAAACCUACCAAUCUAUUUUCAACUGGAAUCCAUAUGCGUCAGACGGUGUCUCUUCAGCCUGCUCCCAAGAUAGAAGAAGUUCUCUACCACUACAUGCCUCUUCAGGUUGAAACCUAUGGACCCCCAGUGCCUGAACUCGACCAGCUGGGCAGACUCGGGUAUCUGAACCACGUGCGGGCUGCCCUGCCGCAGGACACAGCUGGAGGAUACACCUCAGCGUUGGCAUGUCAUCGAGCUGUUCAGGAUGCUUUCAGUGGGAUGUUUUUUAUGAAACGCUGAGAGAGUAUGGCCAGAGCUCAAACAGCCACCGCUUAGUAAUGGGACUAAACUGCUACAAUGUACGGAGAGAGUGAAAGUUGCUGACAGACCGGUUUUAGGUCAAGGUGUAUAUUCAUUUUUUAUAUUUUGUGUUAAUUUUAUAUUUAAAUAAAAUCACAACAAACACCAAAAAGCUGUCCAUUGUUUUUCAGAUUUAUUUAAAAGUGAAACAACUUAAGACAAAUGGUCCAGCUCUGAAUUAGUUCAUAUAUAUUCUAGUAUGAGCAACAAAAAAAAGUAAUGUAUUGAAGUACAGCUGGGUCAUGAUUCCCUAUGAUAAGAUGCAACAUCGUCUGUUUUAAUCACAUCAGUCAAACUCAGUUUGUAAAAAAAAAAGAAGGAAAAAAAAGGAAGAAAAACCCUUAAAAAUUCUCAACUCAAAUGUUUCCUUGCAUUCCUUAAA